GAUUCAUUUGUUAUAUUCUUCGAAGCUACAUAGCGCCUCGGUUCGUUCGUUUUGGGGUCUCUCUACCUGUUUCGAGGAGGAGAAGGCAAAUCGAUGGCAGGCAGGGAAGUUCGAGAGUACACUAAUCUCAGUGAUCCCAAAGAUAAGAAAUGGGGGAAGGGAAAGGAUAGGGUGGACGAUGAAGAUAUUACUUUUCAGCGCAUGGUUGCAAAGAUGCAGGAAGUUGCCGGGGAACGAGGAGGAUAUCUUCAUGGGCGAGGGGCUCUGGACAGUGAUGACUUACUCUAUCUGAAGGAACAAAUGGAAGCCGAGGAAGAUGCAGAACGCCUAUUACGUCGCACAGAAAAACGUGCUUUUGCUGCAUUUAAGAAAGCAGCGAGUUUAGCAGAUUCAACUCCUCCAUCUUUGCCUUUACCUCUACGAGUUGAACCAAAAACAAAGAGCGGAAUCAGGCAGCAAGAUCUAUUAAAGAAAAUUGUGGAAGUCAAGCCGAAGAAGCCAAGAGUUUCAACUCUGUCGGAGCAAACAAAAGUCAGCCUAUCGAGCCCAGUUUUGCCUCAACCGUCAUUGGCCACCCCGGCCGGAAAUUGCACAGGUGAGCUUCCUUCUACAUCAAAGGCAAUCGGAUCUCUGCCAAAGUAUCUUCAAACUCCAUCUCUCACUGAGAAGAUAACUAAAAAUGAUUCAUUAGUUACAAAACCAAUCGCAGAAGUCAUAGAUUCCAAUAUGGAAAAUCCUGUUCAAAGUUUAUUAGGGAUAACAUACGAUAGUUCUGACGAGGAUAUUUGAACUUUGAAGUUUUUUGUAAGAAGUUCUUAGUUUUGGUAGGCUGGUAGUUGUAAAAGCCCCUUCAUUUGUUCUUUUGGUGAACUAAGCUGAAAAUUCAAAGGAUAUUAUUGAAUGAAUAAUCUCUUUUAUACUGAAAACUUGAGCAAUUAAUUGGAUAUCCAUAGAAAGAAUUUGUUGGUUU